AUGAUGAACUUUGACCCAGAUCCUGCUGACCUUGCCUUGUCCAGUGUACCAGGACAUGAGACCUUUGACCCUAGGAAACAUCGGUUUUCUGAAGAGGAACUAAAACCUCAACCUAUUAUGAAAAAAGCUAGAAAAAUUCAGGUUCCAGAAGAACAAAAGGAUGAGAAAUACUGGAAUCGGCGGUACAAAAACAAUGAAGCAGCCAAACGUUCUCGAGAUGCUCGCCGGCUGAAGGAAAACCAGAUCACGGUGCGGGCAGCCUUUCUGGAGAAAGAGAAUUCAGUGUUGCGUCAGGAGGUUGCCAAAAUCCGUCAAGAACUCUCUCGCUACCGAAACAUCUUGUCAAAAUAUGAGUCACAGCACGGAGCCUUGUAA